GCGACUGAGCGGUGGAUGAGGGAGAUUAUCCUCCUUCACGGCGACUCAGUGUUAACGCGGAUCCAAACAGGCAGGAGGAGGACCGGGACAGAACAUGGGAAACACCGACACUAAACUUCACUUCAGGAAGGCGGUGAUCCAGCUCACGACCAAAACACAGCCUGUUGAAGCCUCAGACGAUCUGUUCUGGGACCAGUUCUGGGUCGACGCCUCCACCACCGCCCAGGAUGUCUUCGCUCUGGUGCCGGCGGCCGAGAUAAGAGCCGUCAGAGAGGAGUCUCCGUCCAACCUGGCAACCCUCUGCUACAAGGCGGUGGAGAGGUUGGUCCAGGGAUCCGACUCAGGCUGCCCCUCAGAGAGAGAGCGUCAGAUCGUCCUGAACUGCACCCGCCUCCUCACCCGCAUCCUGCCCUACAUCUUUGAGGACGCCGACUGGAGAGGCUUCUUCUGGUCCACCGUGCCCGGAGCCGGCAGAGCGGGGCGUCUGGAUGAAGAUGGCGGUGAUGAUGAAGCUCGGCCGCUGGCUGAAUCCCUGCUGCUGGCCGUCGCCGACCUGCUCUUCUGUCCAGAUUUCACCGUCCAGAGCCACAAGAAGAGCAGCGCGGACACAGCGGAGGCCGUUCGCUCCAUAGACAGCUGUGAGUACAUCUGGGAGGCCGGGGUGGGUUUCGCUCAGUCACCUCCUCUGAACUACAUCCAUGACGUCAACAGGACAGAGCUGCUGAAGUUACUCCUCACCUGUUUCUCUGAAGCCAUGUAUCUUCCUCCCUCAUCUGAAAGUAAAAACCUCAAUCCCUGGGUGGCUUUCUUCUGCUCCACGGACAACAGACAUGCCCUUCCUCUGUUCACCUCCCUGCUCAACGUGGUGUGUGCCUACGACCCCGUGGGCUACGGCAUCCCGUACAACCACCUGCUGUUCUCCGACUACCGGGAGCAGCUGGUGGAGCAGGCGGUGCAGAUCCUUAUCGUCACCCUGGAGCACGAAGCUGGGUCGGCCACCAGAGCCGCCCUCCAGGCCCUGGACCCCACCACAUCCCCCGUAGCUGAGGAGGAGCAGGAGCCUAUUGGACCUGAUAACCUCUUUGUGAAUUAUCUCUCCAGGAUCCACAGAGAAGAGGACUUAAGCUUCAUCCUGAAAGGCCUGGCUCGACUGCUGAACAAUCCUCUGGUCCAGACCUACCUGCCUCGAUCCAACAAGAAGAUCCAGUUCCACCAGGAGCUGCUGAUCCUCUUCUGGAAAUUCUGUGACUUCAACAAGAAAUUCCUCUUCUUUGUACUGAAAAGCAGCGAUGUGUUGGACAUGCUGGUUCCCAUCCUCUUCUACCUGAACGAUGCCAGAGCCGAUCAGUCUCGUGUGGGCCUCAUACACAUCGGCGUGUUCAUCCUCCUGCUGUUAAGUGGAGAGAGGAACUUUGGCGUUCGUCUGAACAAGCCGUACACUCUCCGUGUUCCCAUGGACAUCCCUGUUUUCACAGGAACCCACGCCGACCUCCUCAUUGUGAUUUUCCACAAAAUCAUCACCAGUGGACACCAGCGUCUCCAGCCUCUCUUUGACUGCCUGCUCACAGUAAUAGUUAACAUUUCACCUUAUCUGAAGAGUCUGUCCAUGGUGGCCGCCAACAAGCUGCUCCACCUCCUGGAGGCCUUCUCCACGCCCUGGUUCCUUUUCUCAUCCCCCCACAACCACCACCUGGUCUUCUUUCUGCUGGAGGUCUUCAACAACAUCAUACAGUAUCAGUUUGAUGGCAACUGCAACCUGGUGUACGCCAUCAUCCGUAAGCGAAACAUUUUCCACCAGCUGGCCAAUCUGCUGUCUGACACAGUGUCUAUCCAGAGGGCCCUGCAGAGGAAGAAGAAGGCCGGGAUUUCAAGGACUAACUCGACAGAGAACGAGUCCAUGGAGGGCUCCAGACCAGCUGUACCUGCUGAGCCUGGCACCCUCAAAGCCAGCUUAGAGGCCACCCCAGGGAUAGAUAAGAUAACAGAGAAGUCCCAGGUGAGCGAGGAUGGUACCAUGGUCACUGUCCCAAACUCAGACUCUCCACAGGCCAGACAACAGACAACAGACAACAGUGCUGCAGCUGGAGCCAGCGACACAGAGUCCAACUCCGAGAGAGACCACAAGGUUGGCCACACAGAGUCAGAAGCAGCGAGGAGUCGGUUGUCAAGUGUGUCGUCAACAGUGACCUGGAGCGCUAAUCCAGACUGGGUGUUGUCAUGGAAGGCAAAGCUUCCUCUACAGACCAUCAUGCGGCUGCUACAAGUCCUGGUCCCUCAGGUGGAGAAGAUUUGCAUCGACAAGGGUUUGACGGACGAGUCAGAAAUCCUCAAGUUCCUUCAGCAUGGGACGCUCGUCGGCCUCCUCCCCAUCCCCCACCCUAUACUCAUCAGAAAGUACCAGGCCAACGCCGGCACGGCCAUGUGGUUCCGCACAUACAUGUGGGGGGUCAUCUAUUUACGUAAUGUGGAUCCUCCAAUCUGGUACGACACGGACAUAAGGCUGUUUGAGAUCCAGAGGAUUUAGAGGAGCUGCUGAAGAUGUCCGGUCGACUCAGGGAUCCUGAAGUCAACAACACGAACGUCUGCCAGUUUACCUUCCACACACCUCAGCUCUGAUCAGAGGAGCAUUUAUUUAAAGACAACAAGCAGACACAAUCUUCAUUUUUGUCAUUUCUUUAGACAAAGUUUAGGAGAAUGUGUCAGUAAGUUACUGCAUGUUCUGCGGAGCCUGUAUCAAGAGCAGAUGCCGUUAAAUUGAUGCCAAAUGUAAUCAUGAGACGUGAUUUAUUGAAUAUUUAAUUAUUCACUUUGCCAAAAAGAUAGUUUGUGGAGGUUUUGCACGUAGGUUUGUGUUGUGUUUUUGACAUGUUCAGAACACACAGAACACUUUCCGUUUAUCUUUAAAACUCUUUGCCACAUGUGAACUACUGGAAACUGUAGACUGAAGGACGCUGAAGCCUUUCACAUUGUGCUGAAAGAAACUACACAUGGUCUUAAUUGAGACUGAAACUCAGUGCGGUGGAGGACCACUGACUUUUCUCUCACGUCCUGACAGACAAAAUGUUUUCUGUUGCUGAAACAACAAGAAACCCGCUUACAGAUGUGAAUAUUAUAUUGAAUCCUGUCAAAAUAAAAAACUGAUCAGUUUGA